AUGCCGAAAUGCACCGGUGCUGAUCAACACGUUCAGGCGAUGCUUUGGGCGCCAAUUACCCCUGGCGAACGGCUUGACAAAACCCGAGACUCGGAAGUCGUAGUGCCGGGCUUCCGUAGCUAUGCCCUUCAUGGAGAUAUCCUUCGAAUCUGUGGGGAUGUCGAUCGUUUGAUGUUGAAAGUAUAG